UCUUUCUUUAUCUCUCCCAUUCCUCCUAUCAUCAAUCAGCUUCGCAGUGGUCAUCGUCAUCGAGUCUCCACAACAGCAAUAAUUCGCUCCUGAAUAACAAAAUUCAAUCAAUUAAUGCUCAACUAUAAUUACUAAUUAAUUAGAGACGAGAUAAUAGAAGUUAAUUGAAUGGGAGCCUAAAAAUAUGAAUAAUUUUGGGGCAAGUGGAGUCCCUUCGUCUACUUUUCACACAAAAUAAUUCACCAUCGGGCGUGAAUUCCAAGCCGCGGAACUCUCUUGUUUACGUUUUGCAUAAUAUUUACAGGGGAAGAGCAACACAUGAUUUUUGUGUCAUAUCAUCGUCAAUCGUCAUCCGUAGAUUAGUCGAAAUUGUGUAAUUAAGGAAAGUUAAAAUCGCUUUCAAAAAUGUCGUCACCGUCGUCACAAAAUUUGGCCGAGAGUGCGCUACAUGCUAGAAUUCGAGACAAGUUGAAUGUUGAGGGGAUAAAAUUAUGGUUGGAGCCGUUCUACGAGGGAGAAACUGUGAAGGAUAGCGAGAUAUUGGCAUUGUCUGCAAGGUAUGCCACAGAGUUGGAGAUUGGGGAAGCUGAUGUAGCUCAGUGUAUGUACUCUCUGCAGAAAAAUGCAAUUGAAAGAUUGGCUGAGCGUAAUGCAUUUCAAGCUACUGGGAUUGCCACUGUUCGUCUCAGAUUUUCUGGUUUUAGCCCCGAUAAGAUAAAAGCGGACCAUCUGACCAACAGAAUUCAAAUCUUUUUGAACGAAACAUCAGCAAAACAAUUGAAAGGGAGCAUCGCCCAUACAGUCUCAAUUCCGGAGAAUGGGCUCAAGUUAAUCUGUGCUGGGAAGGUGUUGGACGAUAAUAAAAUGCUGGAUAUGCAAAAUGUCAAGAAUGGGAGUCAGAUUAUGGUCCUGUCUGUUGCAAUGGAUCAUGAAACUCUGCAACAAGUCGAAGACCAGUUCAAGGAACUCGAAGAAACGAAAAACUCGGCCGAUUUCUUGUCUUCCAAAGAUGGAACUGACGGGCUGUACUCGUUGCAAGUCGCCGAUCAAUCCGGAAAAGCUCUACGUCUUCCCGACUCUGAAAAGAAAGCAUUAACCGUCGCCCUGGCCUUACAUGAGAAGGGUAGAGCAUUCAUGAAAUCGGAACAAUUUUCCAAAUGUUUGGUUUUUCUGCUAGAGGCUGAUACAGUUUACAAUCAAUGUCAAUCUUCACUUCUCACCAUGGUGGACAACUACGGCCUCCUCAAUCUAGAUAUUGCCUGGUGUUACCUCAGCCUUCAAAGCAUUUCCGAACUUCCUCAAGUCGAGGCUAGACUCAGACAGUGUGAAGUGGUCUUAAAGCGGUCGUAUGGGGAGGACAUGGAGCGUGUCAUCGCUCUCAAAGGGUCGUCCGGUUGGGAGGCGGCCCUUUACGUUCGCCUUCACCUCCUCCAAGGAAUCACGUCCUACCACUUGGGCCAGAUUGAAAAAUCAAAGUUUUACAUUAACCGAGCCGAAGCAGAGUUAACUCGACUCAAAGUAAAGGAUGACAGUCUGGCUGAACUUAUUAGCAUGGGUUAUGGAUCAGAGGAAGCGAGGAUUGCUCUCCGUUCCACGUAUGGAGAAUUAACCUCUGCCGUGGACUGGAUUAUUCGCAAACGUGAAGAAAAGGCCCAGAACAAGGAGCAAGAACGGGAAGACUUAAAACGGCGAAAACUACAAAAGAAAUUAGGGAAAUGUGCAAACGGACAAGUCGUUAACGUCCAACUGUACCAGCAACUCAAAGGGAUGGGUUAUAGUCCUUUCCUCAUUUCCGAAGCUUUACGCCGCUGCGACAACGAUGCCAACGCCGCCAUCCAAUUAAUGGGUGAUGAAACCUUUGAAAGCCAAGUUCUAAGCGGGGUCAUCAACAAAAUGGCAACCAAUGAGCCGUCCACUUCGUCAUCAUCAAGUCAGAAUCCAGAACUUUCCUCUGCGAUUGCCAAUAUUACAGAAUUGGCAGCAUCUCUUCCCGGCGGCGCAGCAGCGCUCGGAGGCGAUCUAGCGGGUGCGAUGACCGCCCUGGCGACAAACCCGGACGCAAUUUCGUCAGCGAUAAAUUCAAUAAAAACUGCACUCAACUCGACUCUGUCGGAGGAAGCGCUCCUCUCCCUGACUCCAACCCCAUCAGAGGAGGAAGUCCAAAAGUCAAGGAAGGCCUACAACACUCUGGCUAAGGACAUCCACUCGGAAGCGGAGUACAUCGAUUUGGAAAUGCGACCAGAGAAUACGUACUUGGCGCAAUACAAAGCACUCUUAGAGUCACUUUGACGCAGCAAAAUUCUACUAAAACUCUUCAAUCGAAACAUAUGCACACCCAUCCGUACGAAUCCACCUAAAAACUUAUGAUUGAAAUGGUCGUAAUUAAAAAUCUGUAACCCAACAAUUUGGAAAAUCUUGACAAAAUAAACGUACAUAAAGUAAUCAGAA